AUGUUUGGCCAUCCCGUUGUAGUGGAGACUGGUACUGACGGUGAUGCUACUAUGCCGAUUCUCACACCUCUUCACAAGCCUCGAGCUGCCGGAUGCAAGGUCCUGAGUGGUCUACCAGGCCAGGGCCCUAGUACAGCUGGGAGCUACUCACGUCCCAAAGUGGGACGUCCUUAUGUCAACGAUGCCCGUGCCAUGCGCAUUGCAGAGAUCAUGACCGACUUCCGCAACCUCCAACACUACCUCGUCCAGUUACGCGCCACUCCCACAGCAGAAGAGUAUUAUCUUGAGGGUUACUCUCUGCUACGACAAUGCACCAGCGAGGCACAGGCCAUCCUACAGACACCCUUUUCUGGCAGUGCCAGCACGGGCUCAGGGGAUCCGGAGGCAGAGAAGCAGCAACUGAGAAACAUCAUCACAGACGCCGCUGUGCGACGCUUCCAAUGCCAACGCGCUUACCUACGAGCCCACGCUGGCUUGCGGUGGAUGAACGCCCGCAACAGCGUCUUGCGUAGCCAGAGGCCCAACGCGAGCCAUCUGGGUGCACUCCAGCAGGCUGAUGCUACGAUGAGAAAUGAACUCCUCGCAAUCAGCGAUGCCUAUGUCGAAAACACGCUGCGCGCCGCAGAUGCCUCGCAGGGCAAGUGGCUGAAUGAAGAUCCUUCGCUGGCACAGAUCCAACAGAUACUCAUGACUCGACGAUAA